GGCUCCUUUAAGACCGGCGGCGGCGGCGGGCGCGAGGCGGCGCGCGCGGCUCCCGGCGGCGGGGGCGGGGGUCCCGGUGCCGGUCCCGGUGCCGAUCCCGAUCCCGGAGCCGGCCCAUGUCCCGGCCCGCGGCGCCGCCCGGCUCCCCGCGCCGCCUCGGGGCGCUCAGCACGGCGCAGCUCCGGGCGCUGCUGCAGGACGAGCCGCGGCUGCAGCGCGCCGCCCGCCUCAGCAGGAAGUUCCAGAGUCUACAGCUGGAGCGGGAAAUGUGUUUAGCUUCAAACUGCACCCAGGCCAAGGUGAAUCUGUCCCUGCGCCCGCGGCUGGAGGAUGGGAAGGCUUCCCUGGCCAUCAAGUACCAGGAGCUGCAGGAGAUCCGAGAGGCUUGCUGGGACAAGCAGCAGCGCCUGGAGGUUUACCUGGAGAAGUGGAGCCCACAGAGUGCUCUGGGCCAGCUCCAAGCCAAGCUUGAUGCCUCCGAAGCAGAGUCAGAGGCACAGAUAAAGCAGUUCCUGGCCCAGGACCUGCCCCUCGAGUCCUUUCUGGAGUCCUUCUGCCAGAGCCGCACACGCUCCCACGUCUGCCGGACACAGCUGGAGAAACUGCAGGAGCUGCUGCAGAAGGACCAGCUGCAGAAGGACCAGGUGGGCAGGGACCCCGUGGGCCCUGCGGGGUGCCCAGGUGCCCCAGCUAGCAUGGCACCAGCCCGCCUUGCCCCCUUGCAGAGUGGAGUGGCCCCCAAAGCCUUUGAGCUGUCCUACGGCUUUGUGCCUGCCUUCCUCGUCCCCUCGGAGGCUGCUGUGCCCUUCCCCGUGCCGGCUGCACCUCCCAAGCACCAUCUGCCAGCCCUGGCACAGCAGCCGGCAUCUCCCGGCUCCGAGGUGCCCAGCCCGGGCUCUCCCCUGCGCCUCGUUGGACACAUCCCGGUGCUCAGCCCCCAGCCCGGCCGUGGGCAGCAGCAGCACCGGGAGCAGGAGCCUCCGCACCGGUAGCGGGGCAGGGCGGGCACGGCCCUGCUCCUGCACCCCCCGGGGCUGGGCAGCAGCACCGACGGGUGGGGGUGCUGUAGGCACUGCUCCGAAGGGUCUGGGGGUGCUCACAGAGGGAUGGAGGUGGGGCUGGUGCCAUGGCUGGGUAGGGGGUCCUGCAUUUGGGGAGGUCUCUGCAUCCACAGCAGGAGGAACAGGACGGGAAGUGGGGGUGGGUGGCUCGUAGGGAUGUCAGUGGGCUUAGCUGGGAGGGAGAGCAGGGAAAAGGCACAGGAGCACUGGGUGUGCCACAUGCUUCCUAAAUAAAGCCUUUUUCCAUGC